AUGAUGCCCGAACAACUAACAAUAAUUGAGAAAGUUACUGUAAACAUGCCAAUACAAAAGCUUACGAUUUGUCAGAGAAGACCUCCACGUCUACGCGGAAUAAUUGUUAAUGCUCCUUUCUUCAUAACCAAUUAUACUAGCCUAGAUAAGAUUACCAGUUCCUGGCUGCAUAAAACCUUCCAUCAAAAAAACCAUCUUGAUCUCAACACUGAAUCCACGGCAGCAAAAAUGGCUGACGCUCUUAUUAGUUCAACAAUUCAGGUCACCUUGGAAAUGGCACUGUCUCUUGCCUCUGAUAGGAUUGGUAUGUUAGUUGGAUUCAAGGAGGAUUUGGCCAGCAUGACCCGUUCUCUACGCUUGAUCAAAGCUUUCUUGACUGAUGCUGAGGAAAGGCAGCAUAACCAGGAGACGGCAGUGCAAGAAUGGUUGAAGAGUCUCGAGGAGGUUGCUUAUGAUGCUGACAACGUGUUGGAUGAGCUUCACUAUGAAUCUCUUCGUCACCAGGUGGAGUCCCGAAACCGACACAAGCAAAAGGUAUGCUGCUUCUUCUCCUUCUCUAACAUUAAUCUUGCUUUUCGUUGGAGGAUGGCUUCUAAGGUCAGGGACAUCAAAGUUAAGUUGAAUGGCAUCUAUCAAGAUGCCCAUGGAUUGGGACUGGUCAGUAGGCCAGUCUUGACAGCUACCCUCCCUGCUGCUCCUGCUGCUGGAGACACAAGAAAUCGGCAGACCGACUCAGUUGUUGCUCCAAUGGUUGGAAGAGCCGAUGAUGAAUCAAAGAUAGUGAAGAUGCUGUUGAGCCCGUCUGAGAAGGUUGUUUCUGUUCUUCCCAUAAUUGGUAUGGGAGGUCUAGGCAAAACAACUUUGGCUAAAUCGAUAUACAACAAUCAGCAAAUUGAUGGGCACUUCGACAAAAAGGUUUGGGUUUGUGCAUCAAAAAAAGUUCCAAUAGAGGAGCUUUUCAAACUCAUAUUAGUGCAUUUGACAAAAGAAAAGGUUGAAGUAGAUGUUAGGGAAGUCAUCGUUGAAAAAAUUCAGAAUCAACUUGGGGGAAAAAGAUAUCUCCUAGUUCUUGAUGAUGUGUGGGAUGAUAAUCAUGCAUUGUGGGAUGACCUUUUCACCACCUUGAAAGGACUCAAUCCAACUGAUGGAAGCUGGUGUCUUGUCACUACUCGUAGUGGUCAGGUGGCAGGUAUUGUGUCUGGAGCUUUGCUGAUGGAUGAUGAAGCCUAUGCCUUAGGAAGGCUACCUGAUGAUCUUUGCUGGUCUAUCCUAAAAGAAAAAGUAGUUGGAGGGGGAGGAGUACCUUACGAACUAAAAGCAAUUAAAGAGAGAGUAAUCAAAAGAUGUGAUGGUCUACCAUUGGCUGCAAGUGUAAUCGGAGGUCUAUUACGUUUAAAGAGAAAAGAGGAGUGGCAAUCAAUUUUGGAGAAUAGGCUUUUGAGUUUUAGUGGAGAUGAAGAUCGUGUCAUGCAAAUACUUAAGUUGAGUUUUGAUAAUUUGCCAUCUCCAUACAUUAAGAAAUGUUUUGCAUAUUGGUCUAUAUUUCCUAAGGAUAGUGAGAUAGAAAGGAAUAUGCUUAUCGAACUUUGGAUGGCAGAAGGUUUCCUCCAAGCAGAUGUCAACAGCCAAAUGAUGAUGGAGGAAAUUGGAAUGAAUUAUCUGAGAAUUUUAUUGCAGAGUUCAUUGUUUGAAGAAAUAAGAUAUGAUUGGAAAACAUAUUAUAAGAUGCAUGAUUUGGUGCAUGACCUUGCAGAGUCAAUGUCAAAGUCUACCAAAGUCAUUAAUAAUGGGGAUACAUAUACAGUAGACAACGAUAAUCAGAUUCGUUACCUUACAAUAGACUCAUUUGUUGGUGCAGAAGACAGAGAAAAACUUUUGGAGAGUCUAUCAGCUUCGCUUCAUACAUUGUUUGUAAAGGGUGACUUAUCUGAUGACAUGUUAAUGAAGUUGAAGAACUUGUAUGUUUUGAAUUUGUCUCGUGGAGAAAUUGAGGAGUUGCCAAUCUCAAUUGGCAAAUUGAUACAUUUGCGGUGUGUUGACCUUUCGGAAUCUGCAAUCCGUAUUUUGCCGGAUUCCCUUUGCAAGCUUUAUAAUCUGCAAACAUUGACGCUGAGUUACUCAGCGGUUGAUGAUCUUCCGAAGAGGAUGUCCAAUUUGAUUAGCUUGAGACAUCUUCAUUAUUACAAAAGUGAUAAAGAAUUUCAAAUGCCGCUAGACAUGGGACAACUAACUUGCCUUCAGACACUAAAGUUCUUUAAUGUGGGUCUCGAGAAGGGUAGACAAGUUAGAGAGCUUGGAUGCUUGAAAAACCUCAAGGGCAGUUUGGAGAUACGCAAUCUUGAACUAGUGACAACCACGACGAAGAUGUGUUAG